AUACAAUGUAUAUAUAAUAUAUACAUAUAUAUGUACUUAUAUAUAUCCCCCUAAAUGGCGCUUUCUUAAUUCGAACCGUUGCAUGAUUUCCUUUGAACUAGGCGUUUAUAGCCAUAUCAGGGGGGCAAGACCAGGGCGAGGAUAUUCGUUCCUUGCGAAUUCUUUUUAAUUUUUUUUAUAUACGAUUGUAUUAUAUGAGGAUAGGAUAACAUAUACAUGUUGCGUUGCCCUAUUUUAUGCUGUCCUGUUUAAUGCUUCCCCCCCGUUUGCUUCCAUUUCGCGUUGCAUAUGCGUAAAUAUACCUUUAAUGCGCAUAUGCCGUAAUUUUUAUCCUUUAUUUUGCAUGGUUCUUUUUUUUCGUUUUGAUGAUCACAUGCCAUUCCUGCUUCCGAAACGGGAAGAAGGGGCUCUCCCGACUUGUCAUUAGCAUGCAUAAGUGGCCGCCUUUGCAGAUAUACCAACAUGCACGUAAGGACGCACGUACGUACGUAUGAGCGUAUGAACGUGUGCAUGUGCCUACCUGCCCACACGUUUGCGCGCCUUAUAAGUGCCUUCUUUGUCGCAACCCUUUGCAAGUGAAAGUCCCGGGUUGAAGGGAACCUCGCAUCAACCCUUUAGCCUAACCGAUUAACCAAAAUGAUGGCAACGUUUAAUUUGAGGAAGUUGAAUUUUUUAAAAUGCUUCAUCCCCUCCUUGUCCGUUCUUGUGAACGUCUUCAUUCUGGUCUCCGUUGUAAAAGAAGAUGCUGCCUUCGGGGCUGAUUUCUCAAGUGGGGGGAGCGAGGAAAGGAAACUACCCGAGCUGUCUCAUUUUUUAAAUGACCAAAAUUCAGUAUACAGUUUAUUUACCAUGGACGAGCCCCAAAGUUUUCUCGAUUUUAAAACGUCCCGUGGGACCUCAGCCAAUUCCGCGAGCAAUUCGUCAGUCAAUUCCGUGAGCAACUCGUCUUUGAGCUCCAGGAGAGACUCGUCUGUGAGCUCCUCGAGCGACUCGUCUGUGAGUUACACGAGCAAUUCGUCUGUGAGCUCCUCGAGCGACUCGUCUAUUUAUUCUACAAGUGAAAGUCUCAACAGGAAGACCUACCCAUCGAAGAGGUGGUACUACCUGGAAGGCUCAACGGAAGAUGAAGUUAAAAAGCAGAUUAAAAACUGCGGAAAACUUUUCUUAAGUAAAAGGAAAGCCCAAAAUGCUCUGAACAUGUAUGAUAAUUAUAUGAAGAGUAUUUUUUACGAAGCUGUAUCGAAAUUGGAACAAAUGUUUUACAGAAUGGCAACCAAGCAUGGUAUGCCAGAAGAAGUGCAAAAGAAACAGUGGGUCGCCUAUGAAGAACAAAUAGAUAAAUACUUAGAAAAAAUCGAAAGAGCCAAUCAGUUUCUGUAUGAUGUUUUGAUGAAAAUAAAUAUAUUUGGUGGGUUAGCAUUUAAAUCCUUUUUCCCUAUGCAUGAAGAGGUAAUGAGUGUUACUUUUGUCGAGUUUAAAUGUAAGUGGGCCAAUUUUCUCGUAGAAGAGGCAAAGGCGUAUAAGGAUAGGGAAAAUAAGAAGAUGGAAAAAAAAAAAAAAUAA